CAGCACGUCCCGCCCCGCCCUCUCGUGCGUCGCAGCGGCGGCCAAAGCAUGGAGGGUGAGAGUACGUCGGCGGUGCUCUCGGGCUUUGUGCUCGGCGCACUGUCCUUCCAGCACCUCAAUACGGACUCAGACACGGAAGGUUUUCUCCUUGGGGAAGUGAAAGGUGAAGCCAAGAAUAGCAUUACUGAUUCCCAAAUGGAUGAUGUUGAAGUUAUUUAUACAAUUGACAUUCAGAAAUAUAUUCCAUGCUAUCAGCUUUUUAGCUUUUACAAUUCAUCUGGUGAGUUAAAUGAGCAAGCACUGAAGAAAAUACUAUCAAGUGUCAAAAAGGAUGUGGUUGGUUGGUACAAAUUCCGACGUCAUUCAGACCAGAUCAUGACAUUUAGAGAGAGACUGCUUCACAAAAACUUACAGAAACAUCUUUCUAGCCAGGAACUUGUGUUUCUACUAUUAACACCGAGUAUAACAACAGAAAGCUGCUCUACUCAUCGGCUGGAACAUGCCUUAUAUAAACCUCAGAAAGGACUUUUUCAUAGGAUACCUUUAGUGGUGGCCAAUCUGGGCAUGUCUGAACAACUGGGUUAUAAAACUGUAUCAGGUUCCUGUACAUCCGCUGGUUUUAGCCGAGCAGUAAAAACACACAGUCCUGAAUUUUUUGAAGAAGAUGGAUCUUUAAAAGAGGUACACAAGAUAAAUGAGAUGUAUGCUUCUUUACAAAAGGAAUUAAAGAGUGUAUGCAAAAAAGUAGAACAUAGUGAGCAAGCAGUAGAGAAACUACUAAAGGAUGUAAACAGAUUAAAACAAGAAAUUAAAAAAAGAAAACAUGCACAGAUUCAAGCAGCACGAGAGAAGAACGUGCAAAAGGAGCCUCAGGAGAACACUUUUCUUUGUCAAGCUUUACGGACCUUUUUUCCAGAUUGUGAACUUCUUCAUUCAUGUGUUAUCUCCUUGAAAAACAGGCAUAUUUCUAAAAGUAGCUGUAAUACCAACCACCACCUCAAUGUGGUAGACAACCUGACCUUAAUGGUAGAAUGCACUGACAUUCCAGAAGCCAGUCCAGCUAGUAAUAGUAGUGCACUGCAGGUGCUGAAGCGUAAAGCUUUAGAUACAGAUGACAGGUGCCAAUUCAAGAAGUCACGGCUAUUAGAGAUACAAAACAAACCAUCUAAGACAGAUACUGAUAGUAGUAACCAAGAAAAAGCAUCCACGAGCAGCUCAGAAACAGAUCAAGAGAGUGAAACAAUGAAGGGUUCUGGUGAAUAUCCACGGUCUCCUACAUUUUGAUCCUUUUAGGCCCAAAGGUUUUUAUUUUGCUGAAGGGUAAAAACCAUUGUUUUUCCUAUAUGUUCAGCCUACAUAAAUAAGUUCUAGUGCAUUUAUUUUAUAAAGUAGUUUUUAAAAUACCAGAUGGUUUUAUUUUAAAACCAAAACCUUUUUUGCCCCUUUUACUAAACAGUUGAGGGAAAAGCUUAACUAGGUAUUUUAAAUUUGUACAGCAUUCUUUAUAAUUGGGAGAGGCUAGCCUUAUUUUCACAAAAGCAAGAAGUCUCAAGUUAAUAUGAAAAUGUAUUUAAUUUUUUUCUGAGUCAUUGCAAUUCCUACUCCUUAAGUUAUGAUAAAUAGUACAUCAUGGCUAGGGUUGCCAGAUAAAAUGCUAGACAUCAUACAAUAUUAAGGACCUACUUAUAUUUGAAAAUUAUUCAUUGUUUAUCUGAAAUUCAAAUUUAAUUAUGUCCUGUAUUUUUAUUUGCUAAAUCCGGCAGUUCUAAUUAUGGCACGGGUGUAAUGCACCACAGUUUGGUUUCUUUAAAGUGAAGAAUUUAUAGAAACUUUUAAAACAAUCUUAAGUACAAAAUACUUAACGUUUUUUCAUUUUACAGCAACUUCCCACUCCCAAAUUUACUUAAGUUGUCCUAACCACACCUAAUUCAACAACUGAUUUUUUAAAGCUAUUUUUAUUGUUGUUCCAAAGCAGUUUUUAUUGCAACAGGAACUUUAUUUAUUUUUUUUAGGAACUUUCUUUUUAAUACUCAUGUUUUCAUCAAUACAAUAGCAAAUACAACUAACAGGUCUGGGUACAAAAUAGCUGGCAAUGCAGAACUCAACUGGAAGGAGAGUCACAGGCUUCAGUACAAUUUUUAGAAAGGAUUUAAAACCCGUUUAAUCCAGGGAGUUGGUUAAGUGGAGGCUGGCUAAAAGAGCUUUUGCUGUGUUUUUUCAAUUUCUUUUCUGUAAUAGAAUUUUCCAUGAAGUGUACACAUCACAUGAAACCUUCAUGUUUCACUCACUGGAUGACACGCUGAACACACGCUUUGACCAUUGCUCUUCCAUCUGUUACUUCCUAAGUGGUAGAGCAAAUUCAUACCCAGAAUCAAACUAUCAUCUGUGUGUUAACAAACAUUAGUUACCAUGGGGUGUUUAUGAAGCCCACAUAAUACCAGAGAUGAUUUGUGCAAAUAAUGAGAUUCUGCUGAGAUUUUUACUGGUUAUAUAAGAAGCACUGUGGUAUUGCGAAGGGCAGAAGGAGGGGAAAUAGGUUGUCAGUCUAAAUCCUGAUUUUCAAAUAACCACAAAUAUCACCAGAGCAUAAAGAACUUACCACGUAACAUAAUGACUAAAUGUAACGAACAAAUGAACAAAACUGAGUACACAGUCUAGACUAGGAACAGCAAAAGCAAUAAGCAGCCCACAUGUGCAAAUGUCUUCUCUAGAUAAUAGGUUGAGAUUUUUCAAAGAUGUUUACAUACUUACUCAAACUGAAGUCAUGCCUUCCAUACAAAGUUCAAUUUGCAAAAAUGCUAUAGAGGUACAAAAAUAUUUAGCUCGUACUUUUGCACAACGAUCCAUCUUUGAAGAUUUCAAUACUAAACUUUCAGUAAUAGAGAAGCUUAUUCAGGUCAGUAGUACACAGCUGAACUUCCAUAAUUGAGUUGGGGAUGCCCAACUUGCAGGUAUUCAG